AUGGGCGCUGAAAGCACAGGUUACCACAGGGCGGGGCCGAGAUUUGCACGCUCGGUGCGGAUGUUCCACAACCACCCCACAAGAAACAUGCGUGUCGCGGUUGUCGGCUGCUCUCAUGGCCACCUCGACCAGAUCUACCAGUCGAUCCACCGAAUCAACAAAGAAGCAAAGAGGGCCGGGGAAAAACCUGUCGAACUUCUCUUAUGCUGCGGCGACUUCCAGGCCAAUCGAUGCAACGCGGAUUUGUGCACGAUGAAAGCACCCCCUAAAUUCCGUCUGAUGAACGAUUUCCACAAUUAUUAUGCGGGGCGGAAGAGAGCGCCAGUGCUCACCAUUGUCAUUGGAGGCAACCACGAAGCUAUGGGACAUAUGUGGGAAUGUUAUCACGGUGCAUGGCUUGCUCCCAGGAUAUACUACCUCGGCGCAGCGGGUUGUGUCCUGGUCGACGGCUGGCUCCGAGUUGCUGGCGCGAGUGGGAUAUGGCAUGCCAGCGAUUGGAAGAAAGGACAUUUCGAACGAAUACCAUACAUUCCAUCAACUCUUGCAUCGGCCUACCACGUUCGCCAAUAUGACAUUACUCGGCUUAUGAAUCUACGAGGCCCUUCCGUGGACAUUUUCAUGUCACACGAUUGGCCAAAUGGAAUAGAGAAACAUGGCGAUACCCAAACUCUGCUACGUGAUAACCCGAGGUUCAAAACUUCGGUUAUGAGUAAUACCCUUGGCUCUCCCCCAUUGGAAACUCUUCUAAAAAAGCUUCGACCUCGGCGUUGGGUAUCUGGCCACAUGCACAUCCGGUUCACUGCCAGCGUUCCGCAUGGCAAACAACCAGAAGCCAACGAGUACACCCACUUCCUUGCGCUUGACAAACCAGGUGAAGGAAGGCCAUUUAUUGAGGUUAUCGAUGUUCCAACACCAGAAACACACGCCAACUCGGGCUCUGAAGGUCCACAGCUUUUCUUUGAUCCUCACUGGCUGGCUGUUGUCCGUGCUUUUGCCUCCUAUCUUCCACUGCAAGAGCAAGCGACACAACUCCCGUCGCCGACUUUGGUUCCACAGCUUCUCGAAGACGCAUUGCAAUGGGUGCGAGCAAAUGUGGGAGAGGACGGAGUCAAAAUUGUCGAUGAUGUCCAAGUAUUCCAGCACACUGCGCCACCGACAAGGAGCGCGAAUGCGAAUGAAAUUACGAACGAGAGACCACGGGCGUAUUCGAAUCCGCAAACACAGGCUUUCUGUGAUAUGUUGGGCAUUACAAACGUCAUCGGUGAAGAAACCAAUAGUGUCCUUGAUCGUCCCAAGGAGCAGAGUGGCUGA